AUGUGUGUAGAUGCCGGAAACAAGAAGUGGCGGGACGAGCAGCUGGAAACGGGAAGUGGCGGAACGAGCAGCCGGACCGGCGGAAGUUUACCUCUUCCGAAGACCGAAACCGGAACUGGUGCUUGUUGUUUGGACAUUAUUUUACUUGAACAACAACAGCAACAGCAACAGCAACAGCAACAGCAACAGCAACAGCAACAGCAACAGCAACAGCAACAGCAACAGCAACAGCAACAGCAACAGCAACAGCAACAGCAACAGCAACAGCAACAGCAACAGCAACAGCAACAGCAACAGCAACAGCAACAGCAACAGCAACAGCAACAGCAACAGCAACAGCAACAGCAACAGCAACAGCAACAGCAACAGCAACAGCAACAGCAACAGCAACAGCAACAGCAACAGCAACAGCAACAGCAACAGCAACAGCAACAGCAACAGCAACAGCAACAGCAACAGCAACAGCAACAGCAACAGCAACAGCAACAGCAACAGCAACAGCAACACUAGCUCUAUUUUGUUUACAUCUUGUAACAGCUUGCAACGGUGCGAGUGACAGAUCUCCCGUGGUAGCAGUGUUGCUAGUUUUGUAGUUUUAGAUGUCUGUACUUAUUGUGCAGUUAUGUCUGUA